AUGGGACUCCCUAAGAUCGGCAAUGUUUACUUCAUUGCUGCAAUUGCCAUCAUAGGAGGUGGUCUCUUCGGUUUUGAUAUCUCGUCGAUGUCCGCUGUGAUUGCAACUCAGCCAUACAAGUGUUACUUCAACCAGCAGGGAUACAAUGAUGCAGGAGAGUGCAUCGGUCCUAGAGCCGACGUACAAGGUGGCAUCACUGCAUCCAUGGCUGGUGGUUCUUGGCUCGCUGCUCUCUGCUCCGGUUACCUCUCCGAUCGUCUUGGACGUAAACCGGCAAUCCAGAUUGGAGCAGUCAUCUGGGUCAUCGGAUGCAUCAUCGUUUGUGCUUCCCAGAACAUCGCUAUGCUCAUCGUCGGCCGUAUCAUCAAUGGAUUCUGUGUCGGUAUCUGCUCAGCCCAGGUUCCUGUCUACAUCUCAGAGAUCGCACCUCCCAGCAAGCGAGGCAAAUUGGUCGGAGCUCAGCAAUGGGCCAUCACUUGGGCUAACUUAUUAUCAGGCAUCAUGAUCAUGUUCUACAUCUCUUACGGAUGCUCCUUCAUCAACGGUACUGGCGCUUUCCGCGCUCCUUGGGCCCUUCAGAUGAUUCCAGCCAUCCUGCUUUUCUUCGGCAUGAUGCUACUCCCAGAGUCUCCCCGCUGGCUGGCGUCCAAGGACCGCUGGGAGGAGACUCUAGAAGUACUGUCACUUACGCAUGGUCACGGUGAUCCUGAGAGUCCCUUCGUUGUUCGCGAAUUCAACGAAAUCAAGGAGUGGAUCAGAAUCGAGUCUGAAGCUAAGAACGCCUCAUACCUCGAGCUCAUCCGUCCUCGCAUGCUCAACAGAACUAUUACUGGUCUGUUCAUGCAGAUCUGGUCUCAGCUGACUGGCAUGAACGUGAUGAUGUAUUACAUCACGUACAUAUUUACCAUGGCUGGCUUGUCAGGAAAUACCCUUCUGGUGUCGUCAUCUAUCCAGUAUGUCAUCAACGUUGUCAUGACGAUUCCCGGUCUGCUUCUUGUGGACCGCGUCGGCCGCCGCCCUUUACUCUUGGUUGGAGCUGCCUUCAUGGCCCUAUGGCUGUUCGCCAAUGCCGGCAUACUCGGCGUAUACGGUACCUACCCUGGUCCCGGAGGUGUUGGCGGAAACACACCUGAGGCAUCCACCGAAGUCACUGGCGCAGCUUCAAAAGCAGUCAUUGCUUGCUCCUACCUCUUUGUUGCAUCCUACGCACCUACUUGGGGUCCUGUCUCCUGGAUCUACCCCUCGGAGAUCUUCCCCAACCGUGUCAGAGGCAAGGCCACUGCUCUUGCGACCUCGGCUAACUGGGCCUUCAACUUCGCCCUCGGUUACUUCGUUCCUCCAGCCUUCAUCAACAUCAGAUAUCACACCUACACGAUCUUCGGCGUCUUCUGUGUUGCUAUGUGGAUCCACGUAUUCCUGUGUUUUCCUGAGACGGGUGGCAAACCACUCGAGGAGGUCACUGCUAUGUUCGAGGACCCAAACGGCAUCAAGUACAUCGGUACACCUGCUUGGAAAACCAGUACCUCGACCUCGAUCACUUCUCGCAUGGAGAGAGGACAAGAUCUCGAGAAGAAGCUCAGCAAUGACGAGGCCCCUGAGACCCACGAGGUCGCUCCCAAGCAGACCAUUUGA